AUGAACGCUAUCUUUAGUUUAAGUCAUUUUUGUGAAACACACGGACCUACUGUGUUGCUGAGUACCCAAGCAUUUCAUUUUGCUGGAGAAGAUCAUAGUGGAACGAUUGAACCUUUAGGCGUGCAAUUUUUUGGUUGUGUUCAAAAACUAAAAGCUUACAAUGGAAGUAGUGUCUUUGAAAAUUUAAAAAACACUAAGUGUGAGGCAAUUAUGGCUGCAUCACACCCAUCACAUGUUGGAGACAUUGUACACCUAAAUGUUGGUGGAACUCGAUUUUCAACGUCUCGACAAACACUUACAUGGAUUCCCGAUUCGUUUUUUACUGCUUUAUUGAGUGGAAGAAUUCCAAGUCUCAGGGAUGAAACAGGAGCUAUAUUUAUUGAUCGAGAUCCUCAAAAUUUUUCAAUUAUAUUAAAUUAUUUAAGAACCAAAGAUAUUAAUCUUCAAAUUACUGAUUUAAGGAUUUUAAGACAAGAGGCUGAGUACUAUGGUAUAACUCCAUUAGUUAAAAGAUUAUUACUUUGUGAAGAUAUCACACAAUCAUCUUGUGGAGAUGUUUUAUUUUAUGGCUUACUUCCUCAACCAAAUUUCCCUCUGCAUGAUGCAACUGAAAAUCUUAAAAAAAAUCAUGAAUUACUCGCUGAAAAUCAUUUUAGUCAUCCAAAUACAAAUCCUCUUUCUAGUUCUGCUACCUUAAUGCCUUUACCCUGUCAUUCAAAUGAAUCAGCUGUUCAACAGCCUCUUCAUUAUUUUAAUGAACAUUCCAAAGUCAAUAGCAAUGCUUUUAAAAAUGUUCCCUUAGAUGCUAAAACUGCUUCUUAUGGUUCUACAAGUUCUUGUAAUUCUAAUUGCAGUUCUAAUGAGUUAAGAAUAAUGGCAUCCAAGACUGUAAACCUACAUUCUAGAAAUGCUUCACUUGAUUUAAAGCAUUCUAGAAAUUCUAGUUUAGAUUUUAAUAAAACAAUAAAAAAUGAGAAUGGAAUGGUUUCAUUAAAUUAUCAUCCGGAUUUUUGGGCUGAUCCAAUGAGAGUAAGAACUAUUAGGGCUCAUCAUAAUUGGAUUUCUGUUGCUUAUGCACAUUUUGUUACAUGUUUUCACCUUAAAGAUUCUAGUGGAUGGCAACAUGUGUUUACAAGUCCAUAUAUUGAAAACUGUAUUGAGCACAUUGCGAUUAAUGCAAAAAUUAAUCAGGGGGCCAAUGGUGAUUAUUUAAAAAUGGUGGCUAUAUCUUGUGGCAGCCAAAUUUACUUGUGGAAUAUAUUAGAAGAUGGAGGAAAAAUUAAUGUUGGAACAUUUAAAUUAAAUGUCAGGGUAGAAUAUUUGUUUUUUAUUGGAAGUCAGCUUGUCGCUUUAUCUUUGUCUGGAAAAAUUGGAGUUUGGCAUUCGAUGACUCAACAUUGGCAAAUUCAAGAUGUAUUACCCAUAACAUCAUUUGAUACUGCUGGAUCCUUUUUAUUACUAGGAUGUAGCAAUGGAUCAAUUUAUUACAUUGAUAUGCAAAAAUUCCCUUUGAGAAUGAAAGAUAAUGAUUUAUUGGUAACCGAAUUGUACAGAGAUCCUUCCAAAGAUCCCAUUACUGCAAUAUCCGUUUAUUUGACUCCGAAAACCAGUAUUUGUGGUAAUUGGAUAGAAAUAGCUUACGGUACGAAAUCAGGGGUAGUAAGAGUCAUCGCUCAGCAUCCAGAAACUGUUGGACAUGGUCCUCAACUAUUUCAAACUUUUACCGUUCAUCAAAAUCCUGUAAUAAAAGUAUCUCUUUCUGAAAAAUUUUUAAUAUCAGUGUGCAGUGAAUAUUCUCAUGUGAGAACGUGGAAUGUAAAUCGCUUCCGAGGAAUGAUAUCCACUCAACCAGGUUCGACUCCCAUGGCUUCAUUUAAAAUAAUAUCUUUAGAUGCGACCGAUUCAUUCGUAGGUUACGUGACAAAAAAUGAUUGCGGACCGUUUGGCGAACAGGAUGACGAACAGGUUUUCGUUCAAAAAGUGGUUCCCGAAUCCGAUAAGUUGUUCGUGAGAUUGGCUUCCAACGGGAAAAGAGUAUGCGUAAUAACAUCCGUUGAUGGAACGGUUAUAACUUCUUUUUGCGUUCACGAGUGCGAAGGAUCCAGAAGAAUGGGCUCGAGACCUCGUCGAUUUAUUUUUACAGGGCAUAGUAACGGGACUCUACAAAUUUGGGAUUUAACACUUGCUCUAGAAUUGGCAAAUAAGAAUGAAUCCCUAACACAAAUUUCCGGUGGUCCAACUUCAACAGAGCUUUUGCGUCUGUUGGAUCAAUGCGAGUUAAGUAAUAGUUUAUGUUCGACCCCGUGUAUAUCUCCUUGCCCGUGGACAAGUACCAGUUCGACACGGUUAAAAUCGUCCAACACAAUGUUUUUAACACAAAAUCAAGAAUCACAAUCGCAUAUAAAAGACUCUGAGACUUGGAAUAAAAAUGCAACUUUAUUAAAUCAGUGUAUUUUAUUUAAUUUUAUAAUAAUCAUAGAUGUUAUAGCUUGUGAAUCCACAAGUGGAUUUAUUUCAAAUGACUACAAAAAUAAAAUUAGCUUUAUUAGUGCUAGAUUAUCAAUUGAUUCAAAUGUAACUUUACUUCUUAAACAAGGAGCCAUACGUAGUUUAAGUUGUGAAGUUAUCCCCGGUAAAGAAGGUUUGGUUUAUUUCGGGGAUUCAUCUCGGGGUCAUUUUUUAAGCAAUGCAUUUUGUUUGAAAGAUGCUCAAGCCAGAGGUUUUCAUAGAUGGUACUCCAUUGUAAUUUACAUGAAAGAUAAACAUCUACUACUUAAUUCUUGGCCUUUUUUUGAAAAAUACAUGCAUAAACUUAUUGUUGAUUUACAAACGAAAGCUUCUCAGGUAUUUACACAAGAACAAAACAUGUGCUCCCAAAGAAAAUUGCGUUUAAGUGGUAUCAAAUCAAAUCAUUCGACUACAAGAUCAUUAGUAAAACUUACUGGUUCUCCACAUGUUUUUGCACAAUUACAUCUUUGGUUUUCCUGGCUUUUAUCAACCGGAGGAAAACGUUUGGAAGAAAAUACACCCAUGAGAAUGUUAAAUACAAGAAGUGAUACCUCACAUAAAGUUGACACUUUUGAUAAGAAAAGCAGGACCAUUGAUAAAUUAGAUGAUUUUAUAUGGCAUUUGAGAAAAUUAAGGAACAUAUUUGGAAAAUAUAAUUUUCAAAAAAUUAUUUAUUCGACAUUAAUAGGAAGGCAAAUAAUUGUAAGAGGACCGAAAGAAUUCGUUGGACUUUUAUUAAAUAUUUUAAAAUUGUUUUUACCUUCUUGUAAAUCAUCAUUAAUAAAAUAUGAUGAAAAAUAUAAAUGUCGAGAUAUUAGUAGCAUUAUAGGUUUGAGUUUAUAUGCUGCCGUACCUAAAUCAUGUUACAAUUUAUUAAGAUUAGAUAUUGUUCCUCAUCAAACCUGUGAUUAUUUUAUUGAUAGUAACAACGAUGAUUAUGAUCGUUAUAAUUUUAUAUUAAAAUGUGAAAAUAAACUUCCUGAAAAAUUACCAACUUUGCUGGUUAAAAUCGAUAAAGCUUUAGCCGAUGAUACGUUAUCAGAUAAAGUCGUUUGGCUACACGUUUAUUCACUACUUGAGCAAUGGUUUCACACUGCGGAAGUAUUAAAAGAAGCAAAUAAAAAAUGUAACGAAAUUUAUUAUUCUAGUCUCAUGCAAUUCCUUGGAAUAAAAGAACAUGAUAAAAAUUUAAUAAAAUUUUGGACAACUUAA